ACCACCACCACCUCCACCUCCACUACUACCACCACCACCACCACCACCACUACUAUUGCUAUUACUGACAACACCGUGCGUACGGCUACGACGACGACGACGAGUGUGAGGAAGAUGGCGGCGCUCAUCAGGCAUGGCUUGUUCGCCAAUGCUUUCAAGAGUACUCCGAUUAUCGUACGCAACAAAGUCUCCGUUAACAAGGCUAAGGAGUUUCCUCGCGAUAGACGUCUGAUGGAGAUAAAGGCGAGGCUCAACUCCGUCACGAAGUCCCUGGGUGCGCGCGGAUUUCUCAGGCCACAAAGGGCUUAUGAGCCGACCAAAGACACGUCCGAGAGGAUCAACAAGAUCUGCGCGAGUCAAGCGAUCUCCUCGGGCGAUGACGUGAAGCUGGAGGACCCUCAUCUGCGUUUUAAACUCUUGGUCGCCUGCGAGGAGGAGUUUCAACAUUGCGUGCCAAGCUCGCUGCUCCACACCAUCGAAAAUAUCGGGGAUUUGAAACAAUUCUACCGGACACCGGUCGACUCCGCAACGCCGUACGAGGCGUUGGCCAACAUGCAGUUGCCCGAGAAUUUACACGUCCAACAGGAGUAUCAUCGAUUCCAUCCGGACACCGACACACUGUUUAACGGCAAAACCGCCUUCCCGAAGAGCUCCACCAUCGUGACCGGUCUCAAGUACAAAAAGAAAUACCCCGGACACUACCAAGGGAAUCCGUUCCUGGACGAACAGUUGAAAAUCUAAACAACCGCAUCGCCGAUAAAUCAACAUCGACUGUACCGUGUAAACGUGGAAAUGUUACAGAGAGCAAUAAAUUUGUUACAUGAUAA